CACAACAAUCUGGAUUCAUAAAAUGAUAAACGUUUAAGAAACUUUUGCAUCUUCUUAUUCUUCCAUUUUUAUUAUCGUUUCUAGUUUUUGGGUUUGGUUUUUGAUUAUCAUCUACUUGUCACGUGUGCACGUUACACCUUUUAAGUUCUGCUUUAUGAAUUGUUUUGCACGCUGUUUUGUGCCUUUUGCUAGCUGGUGCAAGUGCUUGCGCUAGAAAGCCCACCAUUGCGCAUUCGUUUAUCCGUUUAUACUACAGCAUUUUGAGUUUAAAAUAGCUUCGCUGCUUCUGCCUCGAAACCCGCGCCUCUUGCUGUCUUGCAGCACAUUUCAUCCGCAAUAUUGUCGUUAUUCUCGCUUAUUUAUGCUGUUGCACAUGCUAACAGCAAGCCGAAAAGUAACUUAAACUCAAAAGUUACGCAUGGAAAGAGUGCAAAAUUGCGCUGCGGUAACUGGAGGAGAUUCCCGUGGCUCGUAUUCUUAAAUGGAUGUAAACAGAUGCUCCAUGAUCGUUGUAUCGUAUGCAUUUUCUGAGAAAAUGCGGAAGAAGUUGGAAGUGUUCUUGGUUUCACAACGUAGCUAGCAGUAAGCUAUUGUUAUGGUUUCUACAUUCUCUUGGCAUACGAACGACCCGCGGAUUUUGGCACUCAGAAUUUUUCAUAGAAACAGUUUAUUCUGUGCAGCUGAAAUACUCGACGUGGAUUUCGACAUUUGAUAGUUCCCACCGAAGGUGUGUGUAGUGUCGACAUAGCUCUAGUCUGGAACGAGCUCCCGUGCAUCUUCUGGUUGGCAAGGCAUUGUGGUUGGUUCUAGCCAGUGGCAGCCUCUAUUUGGAUAUCACCAGCCUAAAGGGUUUUCUUUCAGGAAUGAGCUGCUAUUGGUUUGUUAUGGCCUGCUGUGACGACAUCCGACAAUUCAGAAUUCAUUCCGUGGAUAUCGGGUGUGCUAUCUGAAAGUUUGCAGGAUGAGAGCUGCAUCAGCGUCUCGUUAUCCCAACAUAUUUCAUUUUAAAUCAUCCACUGGAAAAGGAAAAUCUGCUUCGGCAUUGUUGGGUUCCAAGAGCAAUGCCGGUCAAGCUAUGGGAUGGAAAGCGGGAAAUGAACUGCGACGUAGUUUGGAUAAUUGCAGCCAGAAUGUAAUUACGGACGAAGAGGAAGUAUCACAUUUGGAAAAAGAAGUGUUUUUUGCUCUUCGGUACUUCCAGGAUGUGGUAGAAAAGAACACUCUUGAAUUACUAGCCGGCUCAACGACUGUUGUGAUUGAGAACAUCUUCGUUUUGGAUAACAAGCUUCAGAGUUUAUUCCAUGAACAAAACCCUUCAAGUGCCACUCUUCGCUCCGAAUUAAUCGAGAUGCAUCGGUAUUUAGCUGUCCUGGUUCGUUGGUCCGAUGAAGUGCUUAUAUGGAAAACGGACCGCUCCACGCCUAUGCGACGCCAUCCCAAUGUCGUGCCCGCAAUUUACGCUCUCCGGAGACAUGUGCAUAAUGCUGUCGAGAUAUACUAUUCUAAUACGAAGGAGACUGACGAUGGUGUUAAGCCUUUUAUAAAACUUAAACCCAGUGCCUCCACGGAAUCGUUGUUCGCUCGGAAGCUCUCCAGGCAAUCGUCUACAGUUUCGACUGGUCGAGAUGAAAUAGACGGUGCAGGGUCACUGGCUCAGUUACACACCUUCAGUCCCAUGAGUCGCGGUGACGCACGUCAGAGUCAUCACAGCACGUCUUCCUAUUCGCUACAUAGUCGAAGUCCCAGCCCCCAGUUAGAGGUGUUCGAGAAAACAGCUACUGAUUCUGGAAUUUCACUGGAUGGGCCUGCAUGUAUUGACUCUCCGCGAAAUCAGCCUGGAUUGAGUACCUUUGCUCGGAAGAUGGCGCGCUCCGACGUGAAUGUGGCGAGCGAUAAUUUCUCUAAGCCGCCGGCAUCGCCCGCUAAGAGUACAACAUCGCUGAAUGGCCAGCGCCCGGGCGUCUUUGUUUACGAAGUGAAACGCACAAACAAUCCCUUCAUCGAGCAGCACUUCUUCCAUGAGAAUGGACUGGGUGUGGCCACACGCCCCAGCUCCUCCCAACCGCUGCAGUUUCUGCCCUUAGCGCAGUCACCAUUGUCCCCGUCGCCGCGUAGGACUUCCUUGGACGAAGAUAAUGGAAGAACCCACAAUCACUAUGAGCACAUCUACUGUGAAGUCGAGAGCCAGCGAGGACCUCCGCUUCCGCCUAAAAAGCAGCGGAAUGUUCAGUCUUACAUCGAGGUAUUCGGCCAUGAUUCUUUUGCAACAAGUACGCGACGACCCAGCGCUCCGUCGGGAUUGCUCGCCCAGGAGAUUAAUGCUUUUAAGCAGAAUGAAAAAUGCCAUUAUUAUGGGAUCUCUCCGAUGAGUUCAAGUCCGGUAUCACCUAUCAACCCGAGUUUCGGCUCAAAACCGCCUAUUAGCCCACGAAAUGGGAGUAAUUCGUCACCGAGAUGUUCGCCUAUUCCAUAUGGUGACCUCUUUGCAAAUCGUUUGAAUGGAAGUGCCUCCUCGAUACCCGAGUUGGAUCACGCUGAUAAUUUGAUUUUCUGCACUAAUGCGCUAGGGAAAAACGAAGUGAAGGGUGGCACCGUAGAUGCCCUUAUUACGGAGGCAACUAAAUCAACGAAAAAGGAUUUCUUAUUUCAAGAAGCAUUCCUCGGCACGUACCGGACGUUCAUUUCGGCAGAAGAUUUAGUCAAAAAUAUUCUGCGGCGAUAUGCGGCAGUGUCCUCCAAGUCCGGAGUGAACGAAAAGAACACUGCUCGCACGACGUUUUUUUUGCUUUUACGAAUAGUUGAUGAGCUGUGCUUACCGGAACUCUUCAAAUCGCCCAUUAUCCACACGCUGCUGGCGUUUGUGUACCAGUUAGUGUUAGAAGGCGAUCUAGCUAUGGCCCGUGGAUUACGAAGGAAGCUGUUAGAUAAGCAUGAUUGCUUACAGAAAUCCCGGAGUACAUCGUUGUUGUUGCUCUCUACACCAAGGCGAAGCCGACGAAUAGGAUAUUUGUUGGAUUUCAAAUCUGUAGAGAUUGCUGAGCAAAUGACUUUGUUGGAUGCUGAACUAUUUACGCGUAUCGAUACCAGAGAAAUUCUCCUGUGGACUAAAGAACAGUCUGAAGAAUCUGGACAGAAUUUAUCAGUUUUCACCGAGCAUUUUAAUAAAAUUAGUUUCUGGGCACGAACUCGGAUUUUGGAGCAGACCGAUAACCGUGACAGGGAGAAGUACUUCGUGAAAUUUUUGAAGAUCAUGAAGCACUUGCGAAAAAUCCAGAAUUUCAACUCGUAUCUCGCUCUGCUGGCCGCUGUAGAUUCGGCUCCAAUUCGUCGCCUGGAUUGUUCCAAAGCGCACACAGAAGUUGUGAAAGAAUUUAGCGCAUUGAUUGAUAGCUCGCAGUCGUUUCGAAUAUAUCGCUCGGUAUUGGCAGGCAUCGAACCACCCUGCAUACCGUAUAUCGGGAUCGCUUUGCAAGAUUUGACUUUCGUUAACGAAAAUCCCGAUUGGCUCGAUGAAAACAAGCAUGUGGUGAAUUUUGGGAAACGAUGGCAGCAGCAUCAGAUAUUGGAUCUGUUAAGGUUCUUCCAGAAGAAGUGCCAAUACCCAUUUCUGCGGAACGAAACUAUUGUGCAGUUUUUUAAUAAUUUUGAUAAUUUUCUACCAGAGGAACAGCUAUGGCAGAUCUCAGAAUUUAUUAAGCCUCGUGGCACAACCAAAGCGUAGUGCCUUAGUGUUAUUAAUUUAACGGUCAUGUGUGAUUUGAAAUUGUCUUCUAACCCAGUGAAAGUGAGAACUAAUCCCGAGUGUACAAAUUUGUUUUGAAGUUUGAAAUUGUGUAAUUUUUUACUGCGAAGCUUUAUACUUUUUUUGCCGAGGUAUCUGUAAUAAAAGGAUCAAAAUU